AUGAAGGUGCUGGGGAUUUUUCUGUUGCUGGAAGUUUCAGGCUUCUUUCCCAUUUUUUCCAGCACCCCUUCCCAUCCAGUCCAUUGCCGCUGGAAUUCUUUCGGCCCUUGGUCCGAGUGUGAUGGCUGUACUCAAAACCAGAUUCGGAGACGGACAGUAGCAGUUUAUGGCCAGUAUGGAGGAAACCCCUGUGCUGGGGAUGCCUUUGAAACAAGACCAUGCACCCCUACAAGGGGAUGCCCAACAGAGGAUGGCUGUGGUGAUCGAUUCAGGUGUUUCUCAGGUCAGUGCAUUAGCAGAUCUCUUGUGUGCAAUGGAGAUCAGGAUUGUGAGAAAGACGGUGCAGAUGAAGAUCGAUGUGAAGAGAAGACGACUGUAUGUGACAUUGAUAAACCACCUCCGAAUUCAGAACUUACAGGAACAGGCUUUGAUUCCAUUACUGGUGAGACUAGAGGAAGAGUCAUUCAUACACAAAGCUUUGGAGGACAAUGCAGAAAGGUCUUUAGCGGCGAUGGAAGACAAUACUACAGGCUGAGUGAAAGCGUUCUUGCUUACACUUUCCAGGUUAAAAUUCAGAAUGAUUUCAGUUAUGAGUUUUUCAACAGCAGCUGGUCUUAUAUGAAACACACAGAGAGGUAUGAGAUAUCAAAGGGUGGACACAGGUAUUCACAGAAUAAAAUUCAGCAACACAGUCAAAAGAGUAAGCAGCUGAUGGUUGUUGAGAACAGUGUGGAAGUUGCUCAGUUUAUUAACAACCGCCCAGACUUUCUCACUCUUGCGGAGCCAUUCUGGAAGGAACUGGCCAACCUUCCAGUCGUCUAUGAGUACAACACCUACCGAAGACUUAUUGAACGAUUUGGGACUCACUUCUUACACUCUGGAUCUCUAGGAGGACAUUACAAAGUUGUUUUUUAUAUGGAUACUGACAAAAUCAAAGCAGAAGGUAUGAGCAUAACAGACAUGUACAAGUGCACCACAUCAGGCUGGAACAUAUUCAUUGCGAAAAAGAAGAAAGUAAAGUGCUCCAAACUGGAUGAACUGCUACAGACUUCCUCAGGAAGCAGUGGUAAUAAGAUUAAAGGAGACUCCUACAUAGAAGGAGGAAGCUCAAAUGCUGUUGCUGGCCUUAAUUACCUCGAGCUGAAUAAUCCUGCUGUGAACAGUCUGAGAUACUCCUCUUGGGCCAGAUCAGUGACAGACUACCCCCAAGUAAUUAAGCAAAAGCUAACACCGUUAUAUGAGCUGGUAAAGGAGGUGCCCUGCUCCUCAGUCAAAAAGCAUUACUUAAAACAAGCCAUUGAAGAAUAUAUGGCUGAAAAUGAUCCCUGCAAAUGUCAGCCUUGCCAGAAUGGUGGUGAGGCGGCUGUGGAAGGAACUCAGUGCGUGUGUUACUGCAAGCCUGACACCUUUGGAGCAGCCUGUGAGCUGGGAACUCUCGUGCAAGAUCAGCCAGGUGUUUUUGAUGGACGCUGGAGCUGCUGGUCUUCCUGGAGUCCUUGUUCAGAGGGAAGGAAAUCAAGGAGUCGAACCUGUAACAACCCCUCCCCGAGUGGUGGAGGGAAGGCCUGCGUAGGGGAGCAGCGUGAGAGCAGACCAUGCGAAGAUGAAGAGUUGCAGCAUAUUCGCUUAAUUGAACCACACUGUUUUGAUUUAUCCAUGACUCCUACAGAAUUCUGUUCAACUCCUCCUUUCUUGGAAAAUGGAUUUGUUCAA